CGUAUAUCAGCCCAGCAAGUUUUCUAAGUUGAUUGUGGAUGACGAACGAUGGUUCGGAACUACCUGCCGGCAGGAGUGGACCGUUGCUCAGCUGGACUCGGCCAUUCGAGCGGUCCGUAACGGUUGCAGCAAAACCGAAGCUGCACGUUCCUUCGGUGUGCCAAAGAAAACUCUGUGGCGGUAUCUGCGUCAAGUGGAAGGCCCCGUAAUCCGUCGAGAGCUAGGCAGUUUCAAGACCGUGUUCAACCCGGCACAGGAGCAGCAGCUGGUUAACUACAUUUUGGACAUGUGCCGUACGUUUUACGGGCUCACUCCGAAGGAUGUGCGAAGCUUCGCGUACCAAAUGGCAGAGGCCAACAACAUCCCGCAUCCGUUCAACCACGAAGAGAAACAUGCCGGGACGGAUUGGUUCUACUGCUUUCGGAAGCGAUUUCCGAAUUUGGUCCUACGUGUAGCAGAACCGACCUCAAUGGCAAGAGCUAAGGGGUUCAACCGGAAGAGUGUUGGAGACUACUUCCAACUGGUAUCUAACAUCUUCGCGGAGCAUUUUUAUCCCCCGGACAAGUUCUACAACAUGGACGAGUUCGGCGUUUCUACGGUUCCGACGAAAGCGAACAGAGUCGUCGCAGAACGCGGACAGGACCAAGUCGGAGGAAUGGUUUCCGCGGAAAAGGGAGUAACAACCACCGUUGUGUUCGCUAUGUCCGCCGCGGGCGAUUUUGUGCCACCAAUGUUCAUUUUCCCAAGGCAGCGCAUGAAUGACGCGCUGAAGGUUGGUGCCCCUACGGGUCGACAUUCGCGUGCAAUCCCUCUGGAUGGAGCACUAUCGACACGUACACAAAAUGGUUCGACCAUUUUUUAAUGCACACACGCUCAACUAAGGAAGAACCGGUGCUUUUGCUUUUCGAUGGGCAUAAAUCGCACACGAAGAACCUGCAGCUGUUGGAGAAGGCCCGGAGGAACCAUGUCCGCAUCGUCUCGAUCCCGCCUCACACUUCACACAAACUACAGCCUUGUGAUUUGACCCUGAUGGCGUCGGUGCGAUCGCACUACAACAGUGCUUCCCAUUCAUUGCUGCGACAUGCGCUACCUGGUCGUCUGGUUACGCCGUACGACAUAUGCUCGCUCAUGGGGCAGGCUUUUUCGCUUUCGGCGUCCCGGUCAACGGCAGAGAAUGGGUUUAGAAGAGCGGCUCUGGUUCCGUUUAACCCGGCGAUCUUCAAUGACGAAGAUUUUGCGUCCGCCGAUUAUCUUUCUCAGAUGAAUGUCGGUCAGGUUCCAAUCGGAAAUGAUGGUUUUGAAGUCAGGGAUGAAGAGGAACUUGGAGUCCAGCCCGAACAGGAAGAACUGGUCGACGUUGAACAAGUUCAAAACGAUCAAGAACCCGGAGGUGUUGACCACCUGGCACCGGUAGAGCUUCACACCGUUGAGGACACCAAGGAUCAGAGCCAGAUCAUCAUAGAAGAGGACGUCUACUUUCUCAUCCAGGACAAUGGUGAGAUAAAGCUGCAGUCGAUCAACACCGCGGAUGAACGAGAAUAUGUUGCCGCUCCUGUCUCUCCGGGACCUGACGCACGUGGACAACGUCGAUGCCCCACCGAUCGAGAAGCAGCUUCGCGAGAGCGACAAUAAUGGUGCCGCUGAACUUCUGGGACAAGGUGCUGCAGAUGCCGGCAGUCCGGCACUUGAACCUAGCGCUGUUACUGACCAGAAAGCUACAUUGAAAAAGAAGAAGCCGAAGCAAACCAAGAAGCACCCCGCAAGCAGCAACGAGAACUGUGAGGAAGAAAGUAUUCCAAAGAAAAGAGUUCGAUGGGAUGCCCACGUCAAGGAACCCGGAAACACAUCGAUUGGAGAGUUUUCGAUCCCGCCAUGCGAUGUGGCAGCACAACGGCAAGCUAAGAAGACCCGGCCGACCCAGUCCCGGAAGCGGAAGCCUUCAAAGAAGGAAGUGGCUUCUGAUUUGACGUCGACAUCAAAAAUAUACAGAAGACAAACCGGAAGCGUCGGACCGGGCCGAAGAAGCCCAAAGUCGAGGAAGCGUUAAGUGACGUCUUGUGUGCUGAAUGUGGUGAGCAAUUUUCGCUGUCCAACAAUGGAGACGGAUGGAAGAAAUGUGCCAAAUGCGACGGUUGGUACGAUCACAAGUGCACCGACAGUAUCACCGGAAGCUGCGGAUUUUGUUGAUUCGCCAGUGCAGCCAGGAGUUGCAGAUUUCUUUAGUUCACCAGUGCAGCAAGAAGCUGAAGAUUUUUUUGUUUUUUUUUUUUUUUUGUUACUGAUAUCAUUUAAAAAACACUUCGUAAUCAUAUCACAUAAUAAUGAAUUGAAUAAAAAACAAUUUGCGUUACAUCA